CAUAUAAUUCAGUGCCCUAUUUUACUCUUGCUAUCCUAUAUAUCAUGGCCAUGAAUGAUUCUAAUCCCACGCAGCCAAAGCCAUGGAUCGAAACUCCGUUAAUAGAAUCCGCCACCCUCUCAAAAGCAGCGGGAUGUAGAGUCUUCCUGAAGUUAGAGCUUCUCCAGCCUUCAGGGUCUUUUAAGUCGAGAGGUAUCGGGAAUCUAAUCCGCACCGCUCUCCUUGACCCCGCAAACAAGAACAAGGAGCUUCACUUCUACAGUUCCUCCGGAGGAAAUGCAGGCUUAGCAGCAGUCAUCGCAGCCCGAGACCUAGGCUCUCCCUGCACAGUCGUCGUACCCCAUAGCACCAAACCCCUCAUGAUAAGCAAGUUGCGCACCGCCGGAGCUACAGACGUGAUCCAGCAUGGCUCCAGCUGGUUCGAAGCCGACGCUUAUCUACGACAAAACUUUAUCGAAAAGCAACCAAACGAGGGUGAUGCCCAUGCAUCCAAGAAACGAAACAUCUACGUGCCGCCAUUCGACCACCCAGACAUCUGGAAAGGUGCAGCGACGAUGAUCCCCGAGAUCGCUGCUCAAUUGCCACCUAGGGACACCUCCACGGGCUAUAAUUUUCCAGCUGAUGCGAUAGUCUGUAGCGUUGGCGGUGGCGGUCUCUUUAACGGGGUUGUGGAAGGACUCGAGGAUCACUUGCAAUCUCAUCCAACACCAGACUUGAUUACUGGGACGACGAUGAAGAAUAUUCGGGUGUUGGCUGCUGAGACGAAUGGUGCGGAUUCUCUUGCUCUCUCGCUACGGAGUGGGAGCCUGCAGUCUCUUCCGGCUAUUACGUCCCUGGCAACUUCUCUAGGCGCGCUUUGUGUGGCGCCUCAGACCUUGAAAUAUGCCCAGACACCCCCGGCUGGUGUUGAUGUUUUUAGUGUCGUGGGGUCCGACGCUGAGGCCGCGCAGGGGGUCAUCCGCCUGGCUGAUGAGCUUCGGUUGCAGGUUGAGCUAGCAUGCGGGAUCAGUGUUGAUAUUGCAGCUGGACCGAGGUUGAGGGAAGCUGUUCCCGAUCUUACUCCGGACAGUCGGGUGGUGGUGAUUGCUUGUGGAGGGAGCAAUAUUACCGCGGAGAUGAUCGCUGAGUAUCGACAGAGACUGCAGAAUGGGUGGGAGUAGACAUUUGGUGGAUCUUCUUCGAUUCAAUGUCUCGGUGUUAUUUGGCGCAAAGAUAAACGAAGGAUCGCCCUGCAUCCGGGGGUUGCAGCUUGGAAAUAGCAACUUCUAUAUUAUUCUUUAACUAUGCUGCACAGUGACCAAAAGCAGAUAAAAUAUAGAGAGUGGAAAGAGUUGUUUGGCCUGUAUAUAAGCCAGAAAGAACUUAACGUACCUAUGCCCCUUUGUAAGGAAUGUAG